AUGGCUUUCGAACAGUGGCAGAUUUGUUUGACUCAAUUCAUCACAUACUUCUGCGGCGCAGAGUCUCCCCUGGACAUUGAGCUCUCAUGUCAAGGUAUUUCUAUGCAUUCUGAAAGCAACGCCGAUGUGUUUGAGGCCCCCAAACCAACCAGCUCGCUCCAGCUCCCCCGGUCAAAGCCCAAGAACUCAUCCUUAGGUGAACAGGACUCCACCCGCUCUCCAGGCAGCUCGAUACUGUUACGCACCGAGCCACACUUAAGCGCAGGAGACCGUAUCCCUAAGUUUGGUAGCUCAAGAGAAGCUUCAUUAGGAACAGAGUACAAGGGUCUUAUCCGUGACAACCAGGGUAUGGAUGACUUGUUUUAG